CAUGCAUGAGCUAACUCGCUUUGAAGCUCAAGCUCAACUUGUAGACGGCUUUACCGUCAAAAGCAGCUCCGCUGAGCCAAAAGUUCAAGCAUUUCCUUACCUGCGGCUCCCAUUUCACGCUAGCUUUUGGUGCGCUGAAACAAGCUAGUAAUUACAUAGAAGAAUUUUUUUUUCUCUCUUUUUUCUUUUCUUUUGGCCAUAGAAAAGAAAAGAGUGGUUGACGGAGACACUUUUAUGAUAAUAAAAUAAUCAAAUUGGUUGGUCUUAAAUUGAAUUGACCCUAUGGUGCUCAAGUGUAAAUACAUCAAACUGGUUCCAACGUGUGAAUUCAGCAAACUAGAAACAAACUCUCUCUCUCUCUCUCUCUCUCUCUCUCGCUCUCGCUCUCUCUCUCAACGAUGCUGCUAGUUUCUCCAGCAUCCACCUCCCUAUUAUCAAACCCACUUCAAAGCUUCCAUGCCACAUACAAAACAACAACCAGAUUGCAAGCCCCAGCCAAGGUCUUAGCCAUGGCAAAGCAAACCAGCGACGACAGCAGCAGCAGCACCAUUGCAGAGAAAGCAGCCAUAGCAGGAGGCCUAGUCUCCACCCCCGUGAUUGGCUGGUCACUCUACACCCUCAAAACAACCGGCUGCGGCCUGCCUCCCGGACCCGGUGGUUCCAUCGGUGCCCUUGAAGGCGUGAGCUAUUUGGCUGUCCUGGGAAUUGUAGGGUGGUCCUUGUACACUAAGACCAAAACUGGCUCUGGCCUCCCUAAUGGCCCUUUUGGCCUUUUGGGUGCUGUUGAAGGUCUCUCUUACUUGUCUUUGCUCUCCAUUUUGGUGGUGUUUGGGCUCCAGUUUUUUCAGCAGGGCUCCAUUCCAGGACCCCUCCCCAGUGACCAGUGCUUUGGAUGAUGUGGGAUUAUUGGCCACCACAAUUCUAUCUUGUGUUUGUGGACAUGGUUUGCUCCAAUUAAUUUGUCCUGCUUUUCAAGUACUAGCACAAUGUUAAUGUGUAUCUAUAAGAAAUUCCAUGACAAUGUUCUUCCAAAUUUUUCCUUC